UCACCGCUUCCUCUCCUGGCAUACUAGUCAGGAGGAGGCCCGGGUAGUUAAGAAUGGAUGAAGAAGAGGAGUUCGGGGUGCAGGAGCCUUCCGGAGAUAUGGAGCACGAAAUCAUAGGCGCCCCACACGUGGAGGGAAUGGGAGACCCAGAACUUGAAUUUGAGUACAGUUUGUCUUCUGAGACCGAUGUUCCAUACAGGGAGAGAAAGGAAUGGGCCGAUGUUGUCCCAGUGCCUCAGAAUGAUGGACCAAACCCAGUGGUGCAGAUUGUUUACAGUGAAAAAUUUCGAGAUGUAUAUGAUUACUUCAGAGCUGUACUUCAGCAAGACGAAAAGAGUGAGCGAGCUUUUAAAUUGACUGCUGAUGCUAUUGAGCUUAACGCUGCUAACUACACUGUAUGGCAUUACCGUAGGGUCCUUUUGCAGGCCUUGAAAAAGGAUCUUAGGGAGGAAAUGGAUUAUAUCACAGCAAUCAUUGAGGAGCAGCCAAAGAACUAUCAAGUCUGGCAUCAUAGGCGAGUGCUAGUGGAGCUGCUAAAGGAUCCUUCCGAAGAGCUAGCGUUUAUAGCUGACAUCUUAAAUCAGGAUGCUAAGAAUUAUCAUGCCUGGCAGCACAGACAGUGGGUUAUUCAGGAAUUCAAUUUGUGGGAUGGUGAACUUCAGUAUGUUGACCUCUUGUUGGCAAAAGACCUCCGGAACAAUUCUGCUUGGAACCAAAGACACUUUAUUAUUUCCAAUACAGCUGGAUACAGCGAUCCUAAUAUCCUAGAAAGAGAAGUCCAGUAUGCACUGGAAAUGAUCAAAGUAGCACCUAAUAAUGAAAGUUCCUGGAACUACCUGCGAGGUAUAUUACAAGACCGAGGAAUGUCUGAAUACCCCAACCUGUUGGAACAAAUUCGUGAAUUACAACAAACACAUUGUUCCCCCUAUCUUAUAGCUUUCCUUAUUGAUCUCUAUGAGGACAAGUUAGAAAAAGGAUGUGAAGAUCUUAAUGAUAUCCUAAAUCAGGCACUUGAGCUCUGUGAAAUUCUUGCCAAAGAAAAGGAUACAAUUAGAAAGGAAUACUGGCGAUACAUUGGACGGUCACUAAAACUCAAGUAUGGCACAAACAGAACCGAAGAGGAGCCUUCAAAUGAGGAGAAUGUGCAGCAGGAAAAACACAACUAGUUUUUCACUUCUUUCUUUAACAUAUCAUUUUUAAACUUAAUGUUUAACUUCCUGUACUUGAGGUUUCGAACAGUGAUACGUGAUUUCUGCAGUGGUAAAUAAAACGCAUUCAUUCUAAUCAGAAUUGUCUAAUUACAUGCACACCUGACAAAGUAUUUAGUAGACCACUGCAUUUGUUUCGUUUCACAAACGCAAGCCAAAUAUGGCCACUGGCUGCUGCAUUUUGCUAUUUUUGGCGAUAGAUUUAUUAAUGUGAAAGCGCAACACACAGUGCAAAUUCUGUUGCACAUUCACCUAAAUAAAUCUGGUGCUAAAAAUAGUCAAAUGAUGCUGCCCGCAGCCAUAUUCAGCAUUUGUUUGUGAAACUAAUCAACAAAUGCUUAUGCCUAAUAUAUUUUUUUUUUUUUUGUGAUUCUUGUUACACAACGGAAAAUUGAACAAAACAAUGUUUAAUUUUUUGUUUGUAAAUUCAAAACUGUAUCCAUUUAUCUUGAUGUCAAAUUGUUUUACUACUUGCAGUUUACGUAUCUGAAAUGCUGUUUAUGUUGCACUGAAGCUUUUUUCACUUUUAUAUUGCAUACAAUUAAAUCUGGAAUGAUAAAAUAGUGUGUAUAUGUAUGUAUGUAUGUACAUACAUACUUUCCUGGCAGCUUUUUUCCCCAUAGGGCAUAUGUAAUGCAUUUCUUUACAGAGCUUUAUCAACAAUGAAGUACUUCUCCUGUACUUUGGACAGUAGCAUAUUGACAAAUUAGAAAUUACCGCUUCUUAUGGUGAUUAUACCUGUGUGCAUUCUUAGCACUUUUUGCCGUUUUCAUGUUGAUGAUAUUCGAGAUAUUCUAAAUGUUGAAUGAAAUUGCAUAAAAUUAAGGUUUAUUUUUUAGCACUUAACUAAUUCCAUUUUUGCAUUACUAAAUGUCAUACUGAAAGUAGUGUGACUGUUUAAUUAUUAGAUUUCAAUAACAACCAGGAAUGAGAUGACUAAUAAUUGUGGCAGUAAAAACUCAAUAAUAUUGUAACAGUUUUCUUGCAAUAAAACAUAAAAUGUAAAAAGUA